AUGCUCAAACGAUCCGCAGCCAGGCUUUUCAGCCGAAGAUUUGGUGCAAUUACAAGACCGACAGCAGCUAGAAAUGCGUCCCUUAUAAGACACCUCACAAGCCCGGUUCUACAACCACAAGGACGCUUUCUGCGCUCUCUGCGGCUCUACUCGACCGCCUCCACCGACGGACACGACAUCCCGCCAGAAGUUCUGAACCUAAGUGCCCAAGAGUACCAGGCAGAGGCCGACCGCUGCCUGGAGACGCUUCUAGACGACCUAGAGGCCCUCAGCGACGAUUACCCAGACAGAAUACCAGACGUGGAGCUCACUCAGGGCGUGAUGACUCUUCAAGUGGCCAAUGUCGGCACCUACGUGAUCAACAAGCAGCCUCCCAACAAGCAGAUCUGGCUAUCGUCGCCGGUCUCGGGACCCAACCGGUUCGAUCUCUACAAGGGCGACUGGAUAUCGCUAAGAGACGGAUCCAGCCUGCUCGACAUCCUGAGUUCCGAGCUGGACGACGCCAUUCCAGAGCAAGAGAUACAAUUACGGCAUUGA